UAUGGUAAAAACAUUAUAAACCUUCACUCGUAUGCAAGCAUCUCUAACCGUCUGACUGAGCAGUUAAAUAGAUCGCUUGCAUCUCAAAGCCACCCUGGUAACGUAAUUGUUAAUGUAUGUGUCAUACAAGCUCACGGGCGUCAAGGAUAACCGCUGGACAUAGUAAUAUAAAUAUUUGGUAAAAGAAGUACCUCUUUCUAUUACUUUUUACGUAUGCUCGUGUGAUAACACAAACUGAAUAAAGAUAUUUGUGAUCGAUUUAGCAAUAAAUUUGUGUGUAUUGGCAGUGGGAUUAUCUUCGAUUGCUAUAGAUUCAUUUCAAGAUGCUACCGGCAAAGACGCCGUUCCCAAACAUUUUAAAGAACCACCGAUUCCUAUUCUUGGGAACGUCAUCACUAACAUUCGGUUUGGUAAUCCUCCUCCUUAAGUCGUGGAUAAUAGAGGUGCUAACGGCUUCGGUAAUCGUUUUACAACCGAACAACGCACUGGAGGGUUUCUGGAGGAAGACGCCAGUCGAUCUACCGACGAAUGUGUACUUUUUUAACUGGACAAAUCCCGAGGCGAUUCACGAUUUUAAAAUAAAACCCCAAUUUGAGGAGGUGGGACCGUAUAAAUUUAAGCAAAAGUUGGAAAAGGUCAAUAUUGUCUGGAACGAUAAUAAUACGGUCACCUACAAUCAGAUGAGAACAUUUUCCUACGACAACGAAGAGGAGAAUGGAGAUUUGUCCGACAUGAUUACAUCAAUAAAUGCUGUUACUUUGGCUUGUGCUCAUUACAUUCAGAACUGGAACUACUUCCUUAAACGCGGAGCUUCAAUGGUCUUCUCGGCGGUAUACCCCACGGUGGACACUACGCGAUCGGCAAAUCAGUUACUACUGGAGGGCUAUGACGAUAUAAUCGUCGACAUAGCAAAGAUGUUACCAUUUAUCGCGUCCGAAAUUCCGCGCUUCGAUAAGUUCGGUUGGCUUUUCAUCCUGAACGGCACGUCCGCCUUCGAAGGUGCAAUCAAUAUGGACGAUGGCGAGAUGGGGAAUUUCGAAAUUCGCCAGUGGAACUACGAAAGCAAAUUGACACAGUUUACCGGUUCGUGUGCGGAAUUAGGCCGGUCAUCGGCAGGCGAAUUGUACCCUCAUACCAUCAAACGGGAGUAUAUUGAAGUAUUUAUUCCCCAGUUUUGCCGAAAUUUAAGAUUUGACUACGUGGGAAAUGUCACGGUGGAUGGUAUUUCGGGUUACAAAUUUGCAAUCGGUGCUGGAGUUCUGGACAAUGGUACAUUGAUACCGGAAAACAAGUGCUACUGUGCAGGCAAAUGCAUACCAUCUGGUGUUUUUAACAUUUCGUCCUGCAGAUACGGUUUGCCAACCUAUGGUUCCCUUCCACAUUUUUAUGGCGCCGAUCAGUAUUACUUAGAGAAUGUGGAAGGGCUGCAACCUCGAGAAGAUAAGCACCAAUCGUACAUUAUUCUUGAACCCACCACCGGAGCACCAAUUGAAGCUGCGCUACGAAUCCAGCUAAACAUGUACCUGCACCCCAUAGAUAGCAUAAUGGUAUACGAGGACGUUCCCGAGCUCUACUUCCCAUUACUGUGGGUCGAAACUUCGGCUUCGUUGCCACACUACAUGAAGAUAUUGCUGAAAAUAUAUCUAAUUUCUCCUCAAAUAAUGCUAGGCGCAUCCCUAGCACUGACACUGCUUGGAUUGUAUAUGUUACUGUUUAUUGCGUAUAAACCAUUCUUUGUAUCAUUCUACAAACAUUUACAUCGCAAGAAGCGAAAUCAGCCGGUAAAGUCGGAAGAAGUACCCCUACGAUGUGAUGUAGAAAUAGCAUUCGCUAAUUGUGCUAUUGAGAACGAUGAGUGGGAGAAACCGUUGGUUAACAAAUUUACAUUGCGAUAAUCGAUGUUCUGCGUCAAGGUAGAAGACAAUCCGGAGUGUAGCUAAUACUUAGAAUGCCAUUUCAGGUAAAUGUGUUGUCGAUAGAACCAACCCUUGUUAUUUGUAAGUGUAUUUUGUUUAGCUCUCUGUAGACAAGUUUUUAAAUAUACGUAUACUCUGUUUUUUAA